GAUUGCUAAUAUGUUACUGUCAACCGUCACAAGGGCGCAUACACCCCGAUUGAUACGCCACAGAGAAAAGGGCUGAUGCUUGAUAAAUAAUAUCAUGACAUCCUUAUAAAGCUGUCCCAACAACUCACAUUCAUCCCACCACAUCAACAACCAUCUUUUGAUUUCAUGCCACCGAUUGAUAACUGCAUCGGUUUCCCGAUUCAACAUCAAACGAGCAAAAGGAGAAGGUAUUGAUCGUCAAGAUGGAAGAAUCACAAGAAUCCCGCAAAUCUUGCAAGCCUUCUUUAGAUAGCCUACCGCACGAAACCAUACAUGCGAUCAUCAAACAUUUAGACAGGCCUAGCGAUAUACAUAGAUUAUCAUUGGUUAGCAAAACAUUAAGAUUUGUUGCAACGGAAGAUAUAGUUUGGAGACCGAUCGUAAGAGAAUGUUUAGGACAAAGUCCGCCCAUUCGAUCAUCAAAUCUCAAAGCUCUCAAUGAUCCGCCAGCACCAUGGCAUGCGCCUUUUGGAAUGAUCUCAACGGGAAGAAGUCAUGCAUCUCGGGAACGAUGGAAUCCGCCUUCGAUGUAUGCUUCGAAAGAGGAUGGUAUAGAAGAUUCUACAGAUCAAAUAGACUUGUCCACAUUCGAAGGCGUUCAGAGCUAUCAUCAAUUGUAUUGGCUCUUCGUCAGACCGUUUGCCCAUUUGCUGGGCUGGUGGCUAGGUGAUGUGCCUAGCUAUGGAAUGGCAAUACGGAUCAUCUUUAAUCCCGCCUAUGAACUGGAACAAGACGAUGGCGUAAUGAAAACGCCGGCAUUUGUUUGUCAGAAAUUACACUUUGUCAACCGGUUUUAUGGUACGUAUACCCCAGCAUCUAGAGAUCAAUGGAGAAACGCAACCGGACUGCAUGCAUUCAAUAGCAAUAAUGAAGGCACAAGUAUAGAAACAGAUUUCUUGAGCGUAGACAUUUCAUUGCCAGGAGUCAAGACGGAGGAUUUAUGGGCCGCUACCUGGCAUGAUACUCGAUUAUCGAAUAUGGCAGAUCUGCAAAAGGGAAAAAACGUUGCCCGUAUACGAUGGAAAGGUGCAGAGCAUUCUCAUCAUGCACAACCUUUUGGUACGGUUGAGCACAGCGAUGAGAACGAAUACAGAGCAAGGGAACGACACAUCUCUCCUUCCAGAAACGGUGUCCGCAAUAGAAGUACGAGUGGAUCGCAGGAUGCCUUGGAGGGACGAAGUAGAAGACGUUCUUCCAGAUUGUCACGCUUUGACCCUGAUUAUUUGGAGAUUGAUGGCUCACGUAGAUUACGUCCGGGUGAUAAUUGGUCACAAUUUGUUGCCGCAUCGGCUUUGGACGCCAUAGAAGCUGGACAAUUCAAUCAUAUACCAGUCCAGCAAAGAACGAUCCGACAACGAUGUGGUGAUCGAUUGCAUACCGUUUACUUGACUUCUGGUGCAGUGUGCACUGCAGCUGCAUCUUCUGCAAAUACCACGAGUGCUAAUGACCUUCUUUCUAUCAAUGUUGGUCCUCAACAAUUAUACUACGGGUCAGACGUUAGCAAGAAUAGAGGCUUCGGUGUCAAGUUAUCCAACUUUCUUCCUUUGCCACCAAUUGAGUUUCCUUCACCGGCUUUGCUGCCUUUGCUUCGUGAUCUCUAUAGCUCUGAUGAUUUGCACAAGGCGGAAAGGCAAGUUGAUGUUCCCGCAAAUUCAUCCACAGCAUUUGAAGAUUUCCUUAGCUUUGGAACCGCUUUCGAUCUUCCAAUGAUGCAAAUGGAACCAUGUCCGCCUUAUCGCCCCUGGCCACAUCUUUCGCAACCGUUGCCGAAUGGAUUACGAUUUGUGCCGGUCAAAUCACCUCCUAUUCAAACCAGGAUACCACUUUCAAGACACGUCGGCUUGAACAACGAAGGUGAUACAAUCUACGAGCAUCCUCAAUCCGUUCCAGCACAUCUUGACCCUGCGAGUGAAAAGUUCGAUUGGGAUUCAAUCAAUGGACUUUAUUCUAUGACGUAUGGACCAUGGGGUCAAGAGUUAAUCUACAUUCGUUCGCGUAUCUUGACUGUGCAUGAUUUCGCACCGGAUGAUUUGUAUUUGUCCGAUCACCUGUCUUACUCAGAUGAGGCGUUGAUUGUACGACCUACGGGACCGCAUGGCACAGGACAUGAAAAGAAAGAUCAACCUGAUGAUUCGAAUGAAUUUGGCCAUACGCAUACCAGUCAAGUUCCAUCAAAGAAGCGUGCAAGAGAGAUUUUGAGCGAAGGAUUGCAUUGGCAACCUGAACCUUUUGUUGACACGUCUGAUCUGGAAUUACCGCCAAGUCAGACUGCAUUUAUUCGACCUGGCUGUAGGGUGAUCGAAGGUAUGAAAUGUACUGGUGAUGCAAACGUUCCGCGUGGGUCGAUCACUUUCCGUGCAUUUUCGCGUGGACCAAAUGAGGAUGAAUGUGUGGCAUACUUUCCGCCUGAAGCAACACAAGCACGUCAUACGCCUUGGGAUGGUAGACAAACACGACAAGAUGAAUUCGAUACGGAUGAAGAAGAUGAAGAUGGAGGAAAUGAAGAUGAUGAAGAAGCACAAGCAAAUCAAUUACCGCCAACGCUUGAUGCAUUCUUUCGUCUUCACGGUCCACGUAGACGUAGAACAAUCUUUUCUGUUCGUCAACAAGCAACCGCACGCAGAGAAGGUCAACAAGGACAAGAUCCGUUCAACACUGCCCUACCACAAGGCCCAGGUAGGAUUCUGGAUUGCGCGACAGGCAGGUUGGCAAUGGAAGGAUUCGUGAAUGCAGGAUGUUGGCGUAGAUGCAGCAUAAAGAUUAAUUCUCCCGAUGAACUUUGUGUUCAUUGGCAUGCAUUGCAUAAAGUAGCAUUGGCAAAGAGGUUGACCAAUGUGUAAACAACGUAUGUCAAUAAUUUGUAUCUUACUUUUCUGGAUUAAUAAGUUCUGUAUUAUACCAUAUCGUGUUGCGAUCUCUCAUCAUCAGAAAUUUUGUUAGAAAGAUAAUGGGUAUUCGUAAUGAAAGUGUUCUUUUUUAAUGUACAUAAGAAAUAGUAUGAUCACGACGAUUGCGAUUUGAAGCAGACUUGCUG